AACCUGAAGAUAUAGUGUUAGAGCCUGAAAAUAUUGAUUUAGAUAAACUAGAAUUUGAUGAUAUAGAUAAUAAUAAUGAAUCACUUCAGUUCUCUAUGUUAUUGCAAACUAGCAAUCAACCUUUAGUCAAAAAAAAAAAAUUUGAAAGGCUAAGUAGUAGUCCUGUUAAACCAUUUUAUAAAACAAA